AUGGAGGGCAACGAGCGUCUCAAUCUACUCCCGAACCCUAUACCCGUCGUCAAUGACUCGAUCGCCAGCGGUACCCUGAUCACAGUGUUCGGGUCCUACAGCCCCGUGGUCUUGGUGGAGACGACCAUACUCAAUCCUCGAGGCGGGGGGGCACUAUCUUCGGUGCGGUGGCUGGCGCAGGCGGCAUUUCAGAACGGCAUCUUUGAUAACGUCGCCCGGGAGGCGCCGGGCGUCGACACUCGUGUCAUCGUCAACAGCGGCGCCUCGCAGAUCCCGGCCGGCAUGGGCCGCGGUGACGCGGUAGGUGCCGUCUUGCGCGUUCACACGCUGGGCUGGCGUAAUAUGUACUACUGGUUGCCAAGUAGAUAA